ACAUAAAAUAAUUUUCCAUUUCUAGAAUCUAUGGUAUGUUCCAUUCAAACGUUUUAUUUAUGGACAGAAUGCUCUCUCUCUCUCUCUCUCUCUCUCUCUCCCCCCCCCCCUCUCUUCUAAUAAGAACAAAUGUUCUUUCUCUUCGAACAGCUAAUAAGCCAAUGGCAACACCAUUAACACACUCUGCUAAACACCAAAACAAGACAUGAACCUAUCCGGAAAACCUCCCACCUAAGACAACCGAUGCAACGGUCAUUCCAACUUCAUGUUGCCAAGACUCCCUCCCCAGUCCCCACCGGUGCAUUAUAUAUCCAACUUACCAUCUCUAUCUCUCUCUCUCUGAGGAAAUUCAUGGGUUUCCCAGUGAAUUAUACAGACUUUCUCUUGCCAAGACUCCUCGUCCAUUCCAUUAAAGCCUUCAUCUCCUUUCUGUUGCAUUUUUCGGGCCUAUUGGGCCUUCUCGGCCCCGGCAUUGCGAGCUUCCCUGGCCCGCCCGCUUCCGUACCCGAAUCGGGCUCUGUCGCCACUCCAUUUAUACGGGAGCUCCUCCUGCCCACGGCCAGAUUCUCGGACCUCGCUGGCUCGCCCGAGAGCUGCGCCGUGUGCCUGGAGGAGUUCGAGGGGGACGACGAGAUCCGGCAGCUAGAGAAUUGCCGUCAUGUAUACCAUUGGGGCUGCCUCAACCAUUGGAUGGCGUACGACCAGUGCACAUGUCCGCUUGGCCGCAAGCCGUUGGUGCCGGAUUACGUUGACGACACCAUGAACGAGGUGCUAUGGGCAGCCACCCAAAUUUCACAGUUUUAUGCUUUCGAUCCGGAAUUUCGAGAAACUCUAUGAUUCAGCCAAUCGACAUCAUCCCCAAUUGAUGAUUUUUCCUCAUUCUCUUGGUAAUGCUGAUCGGAAAAUGGAAAUUUCUGAACAUUGGCGACAAUGAGUUCUUUCUUUCAUCAGUCUUGGUCCUUUGUUUCUCUUGUGGUUGCUUGUUUAGAUUGCAGAUGAGUUCAUUGAUGAUAACGUAUGCUCGUUCAAAUGUUGCAAUGA